UGAUUUGACACAUAUGCGAGUGACUUACCAGUUAGGCGAUAAGGGGAUCAAGGGUGAACUGUCUUCGACUUUAUAAGUCACAUGUGCGCAGGAUAGAACAGGCGGCAGUUGCAUUUUCAUUAGUAACCGAUCAACAGCUACAGGAUGUCCGUUACGACUCAAAAUCGUAACUAUGCUAAGUUAUUGGACCCAUCGGAACAGCUUCGACCCGAGCCGAUAUAUGCCGGAAAAUUGCAGAGUGAAUUCCGGAAAUUCGACGAAGAUCUUGAAGAUUCUAUCAAGGAACGCGUUCGCAAAACUUACGAGCUGAUGCACUCCAAUCAAACCGUCGAGUUUGUGAAAUCUCGUAUGAAAGAUUGGCUGAAAUUUAAUAAAUUCAAGAUGACGAUAAAGGAUGCCCUGCUCAAACUAAACGAUCUCGUCGACGAAAGCGAUCCGGACACUAAUCUACCUAAUAUUGUUCACGCGUUUCAAACUGCAGAGUCUAUCAGGGAAGAACAUCCAGAUCUAGAUUGGUUUCAUCUCACCGGCUUAAUUCACGACCUUGGAAAGGUGAUGGCAUUUUACGGAGAACCGCAAUGGGCUGUAGUGGGUGACACGUUCCCUGUCGGUUGUGCCUGGGGUGAUUCAAUCGUGUACAGAGCAACGAGUUUCGACAAUAAUCCCGAUGGCAAAGAUUCUCGUUAUAAUACAAAAUACGGCAUGUACAAACCCCAAUGCGGAAUAUCUAAUUUAAUGAUGUCUUGGGGCCACGAUGAAUAUUUGUAUCGCUUACUUGUACAUAACAAGAGUAAAUUACCGAAGGAGGCUUUGGCUAUGAUUCGUUAUCAUUCCUUUUAUCCUUGGCAUGCCGGUGGUGAUUACAUGCACUUCUGUUCUUCGGAAGAUUACAAGAUAUUAAAAUGGGUUGUAAAAUUCAACAAAUUUGAUCUUUAUACUAAGAGCAACGCCGUACCUGACAUUGAAAAACUAUGGCCCUACUAUGAGAAAUUGAUCGAUAAAUAUAUUCCCGGUGUGAUUGAAUGGUAAAAGUUAUCCUCUUAUUUCGGUUAUAUUAAUAUUCAAAAUAUGAUAUUUUAAAUGAAGAUAUGUUACACGCAAAUAAUAUGAAAUUUAUUUUAUC